AACACCAACCAAUACCAAAUAGCAUAACAGCAGCAGUGAAAAAAAAAAACAAAAAAUCCCUCUGUGAUUAAUGGAUAAUUGAUAAAAAAUAAAUCAGUUCUUUUUUUUAUCAAAUAUUUCCACAUUUUGUAAUAGAUAAUUUAAAUUUUGUUAAAAAAAAACAGGAACAUGGAAAGUGUUUAUGCUCCACUAAGCGAGUCCUGUGCCAAGGCACUGGGCGAUAAAGUUUAUGAGAAACGUAAAUUGGCCUCGCAGGAAAUUGAAAAAAUGGUUACGGAAUUCAAUGCCAAAAAUAACUCCGCACAAAUACGCAAACUAAUUGAGGUACUGUCAAAUGAUUUCGCCUCAUCAAGGGAUGCCAACAAGAGAAAGGGUGGCCUAAUUGGUUUGGCUGCCACUAGUUUGGGCUUGGGAAAGGAUUCCUCAAAAUAUGUCAGUGAACUUGUGACACCCAUAUUGAACUGCCUCAGCGAUCAGGAUUUGAGAGUGCGUUAUUUUGCCUGUGAAUCCCUGUAUAAUGUGGUGAAAGUGGCCCGUUCUUCGAUCAUACCAUUUUUCCCGGAUCUCUUUAGCGCCUUAAGUCGUCUGGUGGCCGAUUCCGAUCAAAUGGUCAAGGAUGGCAGUGAACUUUUGGAUAGAAUGUUAAAAGACAUUGUCACCGAGUCUUCGCAAAAUUUCAAUCUGGAGGCAUUUAUUCCGCUGCUGAAAGAACGCAUUUAUGUUAAGAAUUCAUAUGUACGCCAAUAUGUUAUCUCCUGGAUUUCAAUAUUGAAUGCAGUGCCGGAAAUCAAUAUGGUUACCUAUUUGACGGACAUCAUUGAUGGUCUGUUUACAAUGCUGGAGGAUAAUACGCAGGAGAUUCAGAGAAUGUGUGAGACCACCUUGACACAAUUUCUGAAAUCCAUACGCAAUGAUUCGAGUUCGGUGCGCAUGGAGGAUACAAUUAAUAUUCUUAUAACACAUGCCCAGUCGCCAAAUGAACUGAUAAAGUCCACUGCCAUAACAUGGAUCCGUGAAUUUGUCAUAAUAUUCGGUUCAAAAGUUUUACCCUAUGCCAGCGGUAUCUUUACCGCAAUUCUACCCUGUCUGGAGUACAAUGUGGACAAUAUGAAAAACAUCAAAGAAUGUGCGGUGUCGGUAAACAAAUCCAUGAUGAAAUUGGUCUCAUCCAAAGAACAUAAAUCUCAAAAUAUUGAACAAUUAGAUUUGCGAUCAAUUAUGGCAGUUCUAUCACAGUAUUUAACUCACAAUUCGGUACAGACGAAAGUUGCCGUUUUGGAAUGGAUUCACCAUUUGAUAAUACAUUUUCCCAAUGAGAUGUCGAAUCAUUCAAGCCAGCUAGGCAAUAAUUUGCUGACUAUUUUAUCGGACAAUUCAGAUGAAGUCGUAUUGAGAUGUAUAUCAGUCUUGGCCGAAAUUGUCAACUCGCAACACUCCAAAGAAACAACGGACUUUAAUAAGGCCCACUAUAGGAAAUUCCUUUUAAGUCUGGUGAACCUUUUCAGUGACGACAAAAGCAUUUUGGAUUAUAGAGCCAGUUUGAUUAUCAGGCAGCUGUGUGUCCUAUUAAAUGCCGAAUAUAUUUAUCUAACAUUUGCUGAGAUCAUCAAUGAAGAGAUUAGCAAUUUGAAAUUCGCCUCGCUUCUGGUGCGCCUGUUAAACAGUAUUCUCAUGACAUCAUCGGAAUUGUUUGAGUUGCGUACCACCUUGAGAGAUAUAUCCAAUCCCAAUUCGGCAAAUUUAUUCAAGACACUCUAUUUAAGCUGGGCCCAUUGUCCAGUGUCGACAAUAUCCAUUUGUUUGCUGUCACAGAGUUAUCAACAUGUAUCGGAAUUGGUGAAUCUAUUUGCGGAAAUCGAAAUAACCUUGGAAUUGCUGACCGAAUUGGAUAAGCUAGUGCAAUUGAUUGAGACGCCCAUAUUUGCUUCUCUCCGUUUAACCUUGGUCUCCAAGGACAACAAUUGUGCCGAUGCCCAGUACUUGGCCCAUGCUUUAUUCGGCAUACUUAUGUUGCUACCUCAGACCGAUGCCUUUAACAUGUUAAAAAAUCGUCUACAAUGCAUCCCCAACUAUUGGGGCCAACAGCCAAUCAGCGAAAAACAUUCCCUACAAUAUAAAAGUAACAUAAACUUUGUGGACCUACUGCAGCACUUCAAAAAAGUCCAACGUAAUCAUCGGGAACAACGUUUGACACAGCGUAAACGUAGUGUAUUAGUUAAUGAUAUUUAAAUAAAUUAAGUUUAGUUGCAUCGUUUUAUGAACUAAAAUUGUUUUUAAUUUGUAUUUUUUAUACAUUUGUAUUUUAAGUUAAGCUGUGAUGCGAAUAAAACCAUUAUGUGUAUAUUAUUUACCUAGGUAAAUUAAAUAUUA